AGUUAGUUGCCAGCAUUUGUUUUUCGUGGUCGUCGUAACGUAACAUGUACGACGUACGAAUUAUACUAUGUGUUUUGCUAGUAACAUGUACGUUAAGGGCUUCAGCAAAAACAGAUGAAUCGGACAACUUACAACUAUCAAAAAUAUUUUGUACACCUAAAGAUUUCUCCAGAGUAAACUUCGAUCAUUUCGAAAUUCUAGAAAGAAAUAAUUUUGAUCCUCCAGUGAUUGGUAGUUCUACAGAAGAUGAGUCAACAGGAGGAUCAAAACAGCAUCCGAAAUCCUUCGCUAAUGCUCAAGUUAUGUUAAGGAUCGGAGGAGAUGAUAUCAAAGGGAAAAAUUGUAUAGAUUGCCCCCAGAAAUUAAUGACUAAAGUAGGACAACCUUAUCCUAUCCCACACUCAACUGGUAUACAUCAUCAUGACAAUCAGUUACGGUCAUCCGGAAAUCCUUUCCUUCCAUAUUCUUUUGGACCUCAGAUGAAUCAGUACACUCCAAUCUCACCUUAUAUGACUGUAGCUCCUGUAGCGCCAUCUUUCGUUUUUCCUGGAUAUAUUUAUAAUCCUUCUGAUUUUCCAGGACAUUAUCGUCAUAAUGUUAUACCGUCCACUUCAAAGAAUAAAUACUCGCGCGGAAAUUUUUUAGAAAACACAAAUCAAGAACACACCAUAGAAAAAAUCAUCAACGUAAACCAUCCAAAAAUUCUUCACGUCACAGAUCCCAACAAAGACGUUGUACAAGAGGAGCGAAGCCAGUUUCACGACGCAAACGACAUAAAUGCUGUCAUAGAAAAAAAAACUCACACAAAAAAUACCGAGGAAAGACAAAAUAUUAGGUUCCAAACGGACCAACAUGAGAAUGUACAAAAAAGAGGUAUUGAACUAAAUACAUCAACUAAAGAUAUUUUAGCUGUUGAGAAUGUAAGUAAAGAUAUACCUCUUACAUACAAGACAUUUUCUAAAUGUAAUCAAGCAUUACCAAUGAUACCAAAUCAUAAAUAUGUCCAAUGUGUUCCUGAGACAAAUUCGCAUCAAUCUAGAGGACACACCCACAUAGGAAAUGCUCCCCAUAAACGUAAACCAGAAUAUUACAGUCAUUACACUCUAUCGCCUUAUGUUGAUGAAAGACAAUUCAUUGAUUUUCUGUCAUCAAAACAAGAAGAGGCAAAUAGCACCGAAGAAAAGUCUGAAUCUUUUCAACAAAAGUCAAAAAGCUUACUCCAUAGUUUCAGUACAAAUUGUAAUAAGGAACAUGAAGAAAAUCGAAGAAGAUUAGACGGUGAAAAUGGAGAAAAAUCUCUAUUUACGAAUAAUGAACAUUCGAAAGUUCAUCCAGUUCAUGAACCAGAGAGACCAAAUUCCGUUGCAGCUGAUAAGAAAUCUAGGGAAGCUGCAGUGUCACCAUACCCAGAGAAAAGUAAACCAAUUUCCAUAAAAGUGCACAUAAAAACCCCAUUCAAAGCAAGUUCAUACACAGAUAUACCUAUUUCAAUAUCUGCAUAUAAUGAAGAGCCAGGUUUCUGCGAUAUUUCGGAGGAAUUAUCAAGAAAUUCACCGUCUGAUAACGUUGUAACUACAAAUAAUGAAGUUCCUAUUGCUAUAACUACCUAUAAAGAAUCUACUAUUUCUGUUGAUGGAAUAAAAGACUCUCCCAUUGUUAUCAAUGAAACAAAUGAGGCCGUUGCUCCAAUAAACCAAACACCUAUUUCUGUUGCAACUCAUGGAAGAAAACCGCCGAGUCCUAUUCCCUCCAUUUCUUCAUCUGUAAAAAAAGAAGCUCCCAUUUCAAUACCAUCAACCAAUGAAGCUCCAAUUUCAAUUACUGCACAUAAGGAGUCCCCAAUCGAAUCGUUUUCUCACGAAGAAAGUUCAAUGUUAAAACAAGCAUAUGAAAAAAUACCCCUUUUACAUAAUGUACCUGAAAAAUCCUCUAUAGAUAUAAUUUCAAACCCAGAGCGACCACAGCCUUAUAAUAAAGCUAUAUUUUUAAAUAAAAAGACUCCUUUCGAUUUGGCAUCUUCAAAGGACUGUGCAAUUACGAUAGCUACCAUGAAGUCACCAAUAUCUACAUUUUCAGUACAGGAAUCUCCCAUUUCGAUAUUAUCAAUAAAAGAAGCACCAAUUGAAACUUCAUUUGAUAAAAAAUCUGCGAUUGAAACUAAGAAAGAGACAUCAAUGGAUAUAGAUUCACUGAAAGAAGAACCAGUCACCAUUCCAGAUGGCAAGAAAUCAACUUUAUACAGAGAAACUCCAAUAGAAACACUAGCAAAAUUAGAUGAGCCCAUUUCAAAUAAUGAAUUUAGAAAAUCGUCUAUAUACACACAAUUACAGUGCGAUAAUAUUAUUCCUUCCUGUCAAGAAGAUUCCAUUGGCAAAACAACCAUGAAAGAAUCAUCGAUACAUUCAAAUGUAAUGAGAGAAAGUCCUAUUUCUAUAUCUUCAAUGAAGAAGGCAGCGUGUAAUGAAGUACCUCUUUCAAAUGAUGCAUAUAAAGAAUCUGAUAAUAUGGAACCUCCAUGUGAAGAAACACCAAGUUCCAAGCCACGUACACAUGAUUAUCCUCUCAGAACUACAGAGUUUGGAGAAAUACCUAUAUCAAUUGGUGCUUCCAAGAAAUUCUCUAAAUCUAUAUAUGAAGAGCAACAACCUUAUGGAAAAACGUGCGAAAAAGUUCCGAUUAGUGUAACAUCUGGCAAAGAAUCCUUAAUAUUUAUAGAUACCGUGGAGGAAUCUCCUAUAUUUCUGCAGGAAUCAAAAGUAACUCCUAAAUCAAUAUCAGUAUUUAAAGAUAUACCUCUCUUAAAUGAUGUGCACAAAGAAUCGCCAUUACACAAUCCACAUUGUGAACAGUUACCACCAUGCCAUAGUAAAAAACUUUUCCAUGAAGAAGUUUCAUAUACCCCCGUUACAUUAGAUGCUUCUAAAAACGUACCAAUAUCCCCGACUGAAAGGAAAGAUGAACCAAUAUCCAUUUCUGCUUAUGAAGAGCCUUCUAUUGAAUCAUUUUUCUACCAUGAAUCUCCUAAAUCGAUGUUAGCACAUAAAGGAAUAUUAAUUUCGAAUGAUCCAUAUAAAGAAUCCUUCAUACAUAUUCCUUCAUAUGAUGGACAACAAUGUGAUGUGAAGAGAGAACAACAAAUAACUCGUACUGGGAAAAAAGAAGCUCCUAUUUCUUUAAAAUCAAUAGAUGAUAUGCCAAUUUCUAUUUCAGCAAUAAAAGAGAUUCCCAUUGAAUCAUCUACAUAUGAAGAAGCUCCGAUCAAUACAAUAAUCAACAAGGAAGCACCGAUAUCCCUAGCAGCAAAUAAUGAGGUACCAAUAACAUCAUCAACAAUAAAAAAAGAAACUCCAAUAUCAAUUUCUGCGUACAAAGAAGCUCCUAUUGAUAUAUCUUCCAACAAAGAAGUUUCUAUAUCUGUAUCAGCAUAUAAAGAAGCACCUCUUUCAAAUGAAGCAAACAAAGAAUCAUCUAUCUACACACCGUCAUUUGAAGAGCUCUCUCAAUCAGAAAAUACUGUAUUGAAUAAAGACGGUAUAUAUUUGGUGAAAGAAAAGCCAAUUUCCAUCUCAACACCUAGCGAAGCUCCUAUUGAAUCGUCUAGACCUUUAUGCCAAGAAGCUUCUAAUAAUAUGAUUUCCAACGGAGAAAUGGACAUAUCUAAAAUUGCUUUAGAACAACAUCCUAUAAUCUCACAUGCAGUGAAAGAUUUUAGAAUCACCAUUCCAGUAUAUGAGGAAUUUGAGGAAACACCUAUUGAAUUUGAUUUGUUCAAAAAUACCCCUAAAUUAAUAUCAUCGUAUGAUCAUUUGAGUAACGUAAAUAAAGAAUCAGCUAUAUACAACCUUCCUAAUGGGGAAUCGGUUUUAUGUGAUAAAGAUAUAACUCCAUACGAAGAAGCACUCAUUAGUAUGAUGGGUCAGAAACCAACUGCAAUGUCUAGUUUAUCGCAUGAGGAAUGUGAUAAUUCAAUACCUCCCUGCGAAGAAAGUUCUAUCGGUAUUAGUUCUCAUAAAGAAUCUCCUUUUUCAAGAGAUAACAUGAAAGAAUCGUCAAUAUCGUUAGCAGUAGCAAAAGAAACACCUGUUUCUCUAACUAUGAUGAAGAAAGCAUCGAUUUCCAUUCCAACAAACAAAGAAGCUCUAUUCGAAUCAACUUUUCACAAAGAAAGUCCUAUAUCGAUAAAUAAUACAAAAGAAACUUCAAUUUCCAUUCCAGAGCAUAAAGAAACUUCCAUAGACUUACCAUCCCAAAAAGAAGCUCCCAUAUCACUAUUAGUAAAUAAAGAAAUGCCUUUUACAAAUAGUGUUAAAAAAGAAGCAUCUAUUCACAUACCUCUCUUUGAAGAUAAAGAUUCACCAAUAUCAUUACAUCAAAAAAAUGAAAGUCCAAUUUCAAUAGAUUCGGUAAAAGAAGCAUCUAUUUCCGUUUCAGCAACAAAAGAGUCUCCAAUCGAGUCAACUUUCUACAAAGACAGUCCUAUAUCAAUAAAUGCCAAGAAAGAAGCUCCAAUUAUAAUUUCAGUCUACAAGGACACUCCUGUAUCAAUAUUAGCGAAUCAGGAAGUACCUAUUCUAGCUAGUGCCAACAAAGAAUCGGCUAUCUCCUUACCUUCUUGUGAAGAAUUAUUACCAUGUGAUAAUAAAAUACCUUCAUGCGAUGAAGUUCCUAUAACACAUAAGAAAGGAAUUCCCAUAUCAAAGAAUAGCAUGGAAGAGACGUUUAUGUUAGAUGCAACAAAAGAAACUCCAGUUUCAAUAAAUUCUCUGAGAGAGACAACGAUUUCCACUUCAACAGAUAAAGAAUCUCCGUUUGAGCCGAGUGCCUAUAGAGAAAGUCCAAUAUCGAUAGAUACCACUAAAGAAGCUCCAAUUUCAAUUCCAGUAUAUAAGGAAACUCCUAUUGGAUUGUCUUCUGACAAAGAAUGUCUUGUACCAAUAUUAGCAGAUGAAGCACCUAUUCUAAAUAGUGCUGACAAAGAAUCAGCCAUCUAUAUACCUCCAUAUGAAGAGUUUGGAUCAUGUGAUUAUCCAAUACCUUUGUCCGAUGAAGCUUUUAUUAGUUGCUAUGAAGUGAUUCCCCUAUCAAUCGAUAACGUGGAAGAGACGCCAAUAUCAUUAGAUGCAAAAAAAGAAUCUCCAAUUUCAAUAAAUUCUAUGAAAGAGGAAACAAUUUCUUUUGGAACAGAUAAAAAAUCUCCAUUCGAGUCAGCUUCCUACAAAGAAAGUCCUAUAUCAUAUCAUGAAGUACCUAUCGCAACUAGUGUUGACAAAGCAUCGACUAUCUACUCACCAUGUAAAGAUAUAUUACCUUGUGAUAAUCCAAUACUUGUAUGCGAAGAAGUUACUGGAACAACCCAGGAAGAAAUUCCCAUACUAAAAGAUAUCAUGGAAGAGACGCCAAUAUCGUUAGAUGCACCAAAAGAAGCACCAAUUUCAAUAAAAUCCAUGGGAGAGGCAACAAUUUCUGUUGCAACAAAUAAAGAAUCCCCAUUCGAAACAUCCGCCUACAAAGAAAGUCCUGUAUCGAUAUAUGUCACCAAAGAGGCUCCGAUUUCAAUUUCAGUGUAUAAUGAAGCUCCUAUUGGAGAUCAUGUACCUAUUGCAAAUAGUGCUGAAAAAGAAUCGACUAUCUACUUACCUCCAUCUGAAAAGAUAUUACCAUGUGAUAAUCUGAUACCAUCAUGCGAUGAAGUUUCUGGAACAUUCCAUCAAGAAAUUUCUAUUUCAAGAAAUGACAUGAAAGAGACACCAAUAUCGUUAGAUGCAACAAAAGAAGAUCCAGAUUCAAUACAUUCUAUGAGAGAGGCAACGAUUUCCAUCACAGCAAAUAAAGAUGCUCCUGUAGAAGCAAUUUCCUCUAAAGAAUCUCCUACAUUGAUAUGUGCCACUAAAGAAGCCCCAAUUUCAAUUCAAGAGUAUGAGGAAACUCCUAUCAUUAUAAAAACCUAUAAGGAACCUCCUAUAUCAAUAGAUGAUAUGAAAGAGACACCAAUAUUAUUAUCUGCAACAAAAGAAACUGGCAUUUUAAUAGAUCCAAAGAAAGAAGCACCGAUUUCUAUUUCAGCAAUUAAAGAGCCUCCUCUAGCAGCAACUACUUCGAAAGAAACUCCUAUAUCGAUAUGUGCCACUAAGGAAGCUCCAAUUCUAAUUUCAGGAUAUAAGGAAGCUCCUAUCAUCAUAAAAUCUUAUAAGGAACCUCCUAUAUCAAUAGAAGAUAUAAAAGAUACACCAAUAUCAUUGUCUGCAACUAAUGAAACUGAAAUUUCAAUAGAUCCAAUAAAAGAAGCACCGAUAUCUAUUUCAGCAAUUAAAGAACCUCCUCUAGAAACAACUACCUCGAAAGAAACUCCUAUAUCGAUAUGUGCCACUAAGGAUGCUCCAAUUCUAAUUUCAGGUUAUAAAGAAGCUCCUAUCAUCAUAAAAUCUUAUAAGGAACCUCAUAUAUCAAUAGAAGAUAUAAAAGAUACAACAAUAUCAUUAUCUGCAGCUAAUGAAACUGAAAUUUCAAUAGAUCCAAUAAAAGAAGCACCGAUAUCUAUUUCAGCAAUUAAAGAACCUCCUCUAGAAACAACUACCUCGAAAGAAACUCCUAUAUCGAUAUGUGCCACUAAGGAAGCUCCGAUUCUAAUUUCAGGUUAUAAAGAAGCUCCCAUCAUCAUAAAAUCUAAUAAGGAACCUCCUAUAUCAGUAGAUGACAUAAAAGAGACACCAAUAUCAUUACUUGCAACAAAAGAAAUUGAAAUUUCAAUAGAUCCAAAGAAAGAAGCUCCAAUCUCUAUUUCAGAAAAUAGAGAACCUUCUAUUGAAUCAACUUCCUACAAAGAAACUCCUAUAUCUGUUUGUAUAAUGAAAGAAGCUCAAAUUUCUGUUCCAACAUAUGAGGGAACUUCUUCUUGCGAAGAAACUUCUACUAGAAAAUUGUCCCAGAAAGAAGCUCCUAUUUCUAUACCUACCAAGAAAGAUUCUCCAGUUAGUAUAAGUGGAGAAAAAGAAGCUCCCAUUUCCAUAUAUUCGAUUCGAGAAAGACCUAUUUCAGCUUCAGGAGAAGUGAACAUUAAAGAAAUUCCUAUAAAGUCGUCUUGUAAUGUGUCGUAUCCUAAAGCAAUAAAGGAAACUCCCAUAUCUGGAGUUGCUGCGAAAAAAUCUCCUAUUUCCAUAUCUCCAGUGAGCGAAGAACCAAUCGUCAUCACUUCCAUUAAGGAAUCCCCUAUUAUAUCAUACUUAUGUAGAGAUUCCCCUAUAUCAGUAUCACCAUAUAAAGAAAUACCAACUAUCAAUAAUAUGUACAAGGAUUAUGAGCAGAUAACUCCUUGUUCUAGUGGAAAUUAUAUAGAGACUGUUAUAUGUGAUGAAAAUCCAAUUUCCAUUGCAGCUUACAAAGACUUUCCUAUAUCUGAAACUCCAUUAACAGGAUCAUCAUCGAUUGGUUCAAGUAGUGAAAUGCCUUGUAGAAAAAUGCCAAGUUUAUCUUCCAACGUAUUCAAUCUUUGCAUACCUUCUACAGAACGUAACAUUCGCAAAGAUACACCAAUUUAUUUGUCAACUCCUAAUGAAUCUCCUAUUCGUAUGAUUCCUCACCAAGAGAUACCAAUUUAUAAAAAACAAGUGAAUUCAAUACAUACAGAGGCCCCUUUCAAUAUAUUGUCUUACGAAAAUACUUAUAUCCCAACAUAUAGUAAAAACUGUGUAGAACUUCCUGUAUCGAUAUCAUCUAUUGUAAAUGAAAAAUGUGUUUUUGAAAAAAAAUGCAUUAAUUUACCGGAUUGUCAUGCAGUACCUUGCGUAGAAACCAGUUCUUGUCAAGUAAUGCCAAUUUGUAAACCAACUGAGAUGUAUAAAAAUUUUUUGUGCCCAGUGCAUGAUAAUGCCAAUUUGCCAGAAACAGAUUAUAUAUCAGUGAAAAAGGAGCUACCUCUGUACAAUUAUUGGGGCGAUAAACAAGACUGGAGAUAUCGAUUAGGAAAACCUUUUAUUCAGAAAUGCCAAACUUGUUCUGGUGAUUACAUAUAUCCCAAAAAACCUGUGGUGGUCAAUUUGAAAACAAUUGAACAAGAAAAUGUAGGUGACCAUUCUCGUCUUAAUAAAUUUGGUUACGAUAAUCAACAUUCAAUUCAACGAAAUAUUCUAAGAAAAUGGUUGAAUGAUUCAUUAAUACCCUACGACUGUAAGGAAUGCGGUAGAAAAUUAUUAGUAUCAUAUCCAAUUUCACAAGAUGUUUUAUCUGAAACACCGGACUCCAAUGCUUAUUCUGAUAUACCAAUUUUCAAUACGAAGGUAUCCAAUGUAAAUUGUCCUUGCUGUCAAUUGAAAGGAUACUGCGAUUGCGUGAAUUGUCAAUGUGGACGGAACGCUCCCUAUGGUAAAAGAUUCAGUACUGAUAUGGAUUCACACACAAAAAUUGCACCAUAUAAACAAAAAAUUCACCCUCAAACGUCACGGUAUAAAAUAAAAACAGCACUCAACUCCCCUUCAUGCUCAAUGUCUCCCCUUCCACUUUCUUAUUCAACAGGUUAUUCAACUUCUUUUAAAUCAACUUCUUCUUACGUAAAGAUCGGGGAUAACGAACCAAAUGUUGUUUAUAAUGGAUUCACUUCAAUGACAGGUGAUGGUUUUUAUACCGAUUCUAAUAAUCAUGUGUAUUACAAGCAACCUACUGUGAAACAAAUUGUUUCUAAAUGUCAUCCAAAUGAUCCAGAGCUCCAAAUGAAUUAUUACGAGCCGCCGCAAAUUUACGGCAUAAAUGCAAACCAGAGGUAUGACAACCCACCUUACGCGCCGCAUUAUGUUAAUGACAAUGUCUAUUAUAAUACUUACAACAAUAAAAGAUUUUGCUAAUGACCAUAUCUUACAAGUGAUUAUAUUGUUAAGUAAUAAAAGGUCUCUUCGAUUCUCCAAUUGUUGAGAACAAUAUUUACCUAAAACUAAAGUAGAAAGUAGAAUUAUUAUUUCGUUGAAGUUUAUUUAUUUUAAAUGUAGUUUAUUUUUUAUAUGUUAUUUUAAUAAUAAAAUUUUGCUUUCAAAAUUAUUUUUUUUUUCACCGAUUAUAUGUUUAAAUAGUAAAUAAAUCAUUCUGACCAGUUCCGUACUUUCAAGAUUUAAUUCAAUUUCUGCAAAAUUACAGGAAAAAGAUUCUAAUACCAAAAGAAUUCAUUAUUCUUUUUUGACAGAGCUAUGCUCUUUGACAUCUGAUCUAAAUUGCAUGUUGAAUUUGGAUUAAUAACCAAUUAUGUAAUUAAGUUUUGGCUAUUGAAAUAAAGUAUUCAAUAGCUAAAAGAACUUACUGCAAAAAAUUGUUAUUCUUCUUCUUCUUCUUCUUACGUUAGGACUAGGCCCUGUAUUUUCAUCAAGGGUUUGCCAGGAGUAGUUGGGAUGCUGAGGACCAGCUUUCAUACCACCUUAUAGGUGGUCGUCCAGGAGGUCCAGUUGUGUCUGGUUUCUUUUCCUUUGUAAUUUUUGCUAACCGUUCAUUUUGCAUUCUGUCAACAUUGUCUCUCCAUUCUCUUCUGCGGCUCCUUGCCCGUCUUAAUACAUCCUGAAUAUCGCACAUGUCCCUUAUUUAAAAAAUUGUUAUUGAAAUAGUUAAUCAAUUUGCAAGAAAUGCUUAAUCCAAAAUAUCAAUUCUAUAGCAUACAGGGUGUUUCAAAAAAAUGUGAUCUCGUCUCUAGGAUAUAUAGAUAUAUAAAAUGAAAAUGUUGUAUUAGAUAAAUAUUUAUAAAUUUGAAAUCUGUAAAAAAUAUUUUUCAAUUACAGAAGCGUGAAUAUAAAGAUGAGUGAGGAUUUGGAAGUGAGUUAUUAUAUUUUAUAAGUAUUAGCAAACUAUCACCUCGUAACUCCUUUCCUUAGACGCGAACAGUGGAAUCCCUUGGAAGUUAUAUUAAAGGCCGCUUGACUGAUGUAAUACAACAUACUCAACUAAUUUUUCUAUGUUUUUUCGUCUAAUUCUCUAGCUAAUCUGUCCAUCAGAUUCCAAAAGCAAAGCAGAGGCAGAUAUAAUUAUUGCCAGUGAUGCAAUGGUCACUUUCUUCUUGUUUACUCUAAUUAGCUCUGUUAUUUUCAAUUUUAAACUGCCCACAAAAUAUUAAAUAAAGUUUGAGGCUA